UUAAUUAUACACAAAUUAAAAAUAUUCAUUAAUAAAAAAGAAAUAAAAAUCUCUAGAUUUGACUCUCCCACAAAACUCCACCACCUCUCCGGAAAAAAAAUUGCGUCUCCUCCUAGUGCUCGUUCGCCUCUUUGAAAGCAAGCAAUCCAUUUCUCAUCAAUCGAGAAGAAGAGCAGUUUCCAAUUCUUCCACUCUCUCUCUCUGUCGCAGUCCCACCACAGUCUCGGUCUCAGUCUCACGGUUGGGGGCAGCUCGGCAGGAAAUUCCAACUUCCAACCCAAAACCAAUCUUGAUUUCCUUCCAAAUUUACAGAAGACAAUGUUGUUCUUCCGCUAUAAGAUUUCGGAUUUGAAACCUAAAAACCGCCAAUCUAGUUAACACCUGCAACUGCAAGUUGAUAAAUGUUGCUGUGCUAUUCGGUUUUCGGUGUUGGCUGGAUUCUUCGAUUUGAGCUAAAAAUAUCUUGAUACUAAAGAAAGAUGCCGCAUAGAACUCGGCCAAUGACUGCGCUCUUGGUGUUUACUGGACUGAACAUUGUACUAGUUUCAACCAUUACUCCAGUCUAUGAUUUCAUCUGCUUCCUUCCGUACUGGGAAAGGCGGAGAGAACGGCGUCGUCAGGAACGUGAAGCUACCUUAGCAAAUAGUCCUACAUCAAGAUAGAAGUAUGUAGGAGGUCAAACGUCUUGAGUUACAGGUUUUAUGCUUUUCUAAAAUUUAAUGCAGUUCGAGGUGUUCUAUUUAUGCUAAGAUUUUAGUAAACAGAGAUAAGGUAUAUGAUUCUUUAGGAUGCCUACGUUACGGAUGUUAUCUCUGUAUAUCUUAUCUUGUAAUUUUGAAAUAUGUUUGGAUACGACCUCAAAGAUUUGUAGGCGAUCACAGUUCAUGUGAUGUAGAUUUGAAAUGGAUGCACUGGAUGAGGCUUUGAUAUUGCAAGGCCAAAUGCGCAGAAUACGGUGGAAUGCUUUUUAUUAUAUGUACUCUAUGCAUACUGCGACGUAUUAGUCCUUGGGCUUUACAGAGAUUUGAUUUGACUUUGUAUUAGGGUAUUUUUGGCAUUUACACAUUAGGGUUUGUUAGGUUUAUAUCGCUACAAAUAUAGCUUGAAAUUAGUUUAAGAAACAACUCAGUCACAAAGUAGCUUUUCGGUUCGUGAAGCUUUCUUGGCAAUUCUGUUUAAUAAACUUUUAUAUUAUGUUA